UCUGAAGACUCCGACGGUGGUCGCAGCUACAAGAGCAAAAGCGUCAGCACAAACAGCAGCCGUCAGGGCGGAGAGAAAAGCAGACGACAAUGGCUGCUAGACAAGCGCAAGGUGGGACAAGACCGGAGCACACCGGAAGACAGCCGGAGGCAGAAACGUGUGCAAGACAUGAAGUUGAAAUCUCGACGCACCGCCUACACCACGGCCCGGCUGAGCGCCCGUCUGGCUGUGUUGGACAUGUACAUGCACAAGACACUGGUUGAUGACGUGUUCCUCGGCGGGACGUGGGAACGCAGGGAAACAAGAGACUAUACCAGAACAGGAACCUGCCGAAACGGAAGAUAGAACUAAUGACGUCACCACGGUUGUGACGUCAGCAGAUGCGGAAGAGGAACCUCGUGAAUGUGUGCCUGAAGUGGAGGAAGACGUACAACAAAGUGCCGAAGCUGGGGAACAGGAUACUACUGUACCAGACGACGAGAAGACGACUGUAGAUCUUCAAGACCACCCCGAGCCAAAAUCGGAUGCUGCAAAAGCAGCACCAGAAAUACCCCCGGCUCAAAAGAGCAAAGCCAAAGCGGACCCAUCUUCCGUUCGAGGAAAUAACAAAGUGGUUGUGCAGACUAAAAAUAGACUUCUAGUCCACGAACAUCCUGUGUACGCGUUUUGGUCUUCUCAUCGGAAAGAAAAGUGCACGUAUUGUGUUAUGAAGUACGGCCAGCAGAAAUCCCCCGCUCGUCACGUGAGAUCUUCCCACCUAUCAGCGUCGCCGGAAAUGAUUCGUCGUGUGGGUGACAUGCGCGAAAUCUACCAGAACGAAGUGCCAGCUCACGUCAAGUUUCGGAAAAAGAUGGAAGAUCGGAUUGGUGAAAUUGAAACCAUUGCGAAAGGCAAGACAAACCGCAAGAUUGCAGAAUCUUCAAAAAAAUCCGUUGGGUCGUCUCCGAAUUUUUUUACGGGAGCGAUUUGAAAAUAAAGCUUGUUGUUGACUUA